CGAAUUAAGUCAGUUUACCCGACGCCGGUUAGGCAGUCAAUACAGCUAGCGAUAAUUUACAAAUAUCGUCUAGUCCGAAAUUGCUGCACGAGUAGAACGUUUUAAUAAAAAUCUGUUUCAUUUUAUAAAUUUACACGAAUCCAAAAUUUGUUAUUCACAAAAAUCAAACGCGUAUUUUUAAUUUUUUUUUUAAUUAUUACGUAUUGUUUUAUUUUUAUUUAACUGGGGUUUUUUUUUUUUUUUUUGUUACGUUUUUUACGAGUGCGAUUUUCGUUUUGGAUUAGAAAUUAUUUAUCAUCGAAACCGUAUAUAAUUGUUUAUAAUGUGAGACCCAUGCCGAAAAUAUGAUGAUAACGAAGUGGUCAUCUGUUGCAAAAAAAUAUCGGACACACUCGAGGUGGUUGACCGAGUGCACAGCGAAUGGGAUGCGAGAUUACUGUUCGAGUACAGUGCAUUUGAACGUCAUCAACGUUUCCCGCCAUCGAUAAUAAGCAACAAUUAUGGGCCUUACGCCGAUCAAGCUACCGUACCAAUCGGCCAAGAAUCGUCUGUUCGGCAUCCAACCGCGGAUGUCAGCUAGCUUCCAUCAAAUACCGACGUUCAACAUUAACGACCCUUACAGCAAUGAACGGCAAACGAACCGACGAACUGCCAGACGAAAUGCGCUGCCCAUCAACAUGCUCGUGUCCAACCAAAGGAAGCUCAGCAACAGUCGAUUGGCGGUCAUCAUAUUCGGUGUUAUAGCAUUAGUAGCUGGACUGAUUCUCUCCUCGGUUCCGUGGGUUCAUUAUAUAAUUUUAAAGAAUUUAAAAAUUUGGAAUGGCACUUUAAGUUACCACUACUGGCAAAAACCUGGUGUAAUAAGACUGACAAAAGUAUUCAUAUUCAAUGUCACCAAUCCAGAUGGAUUUUUGUACAACGGAGAAAAACCAAAACUUCAAGAAAUCGGUCCAUUUGUGUAUAGGGAAGACAUGGAAAAGGUUAAUAUUAAGUUUAAUAAUAAUGGCACGGUGACGUAUCAACAUAAAAAAAUUUUAGAAUUUAUGCCGCAUCUUUCAGUUAUCAAAAACGAUGAAAUCAAACUAACUGUACCAAAUAUCCCUUUACUAACUUUGACUACACAAGCAAAUAGUUUACCAUCAAUACUGAAAAGUUCACUUUCAGCUAUUUUAAGGUUUUCAGGCCUGACACCCUUCAAACACGUUACACCUCAACAGUUAGUGUUCGGUUAUGACGAUCCGUUGACAGCUCUAGCCAACACUUAUUAUCCAAAAGGGAGAAGACCACCAAAGAAAAUGGGACUGUUCUUGAUGCGAAAUGGUACUCUAGAUGAAGUUUCCACUAUUUAUACGGGUCACAACGGAAUGGAAAAUUUUGGACUUCUCAAUCGAGUGAACGGAAUGGAAGAGUUACCUUUUUGGAGGGGGUCUUGCAAUUCUAUUAAAGCUUCUGAAGGUUCGUUUUUCCCGCCACGAGAACUGACAAAGUCUGAUCUGGUGCACGUGUAUGACAAAGACUUGUGCCGAGUGUGGGCGCUGAGGUAUCGGAAAGAAAUCAUCAAAGACGGCGUUAAGGCGGGCUAUUACACGCCUGAUGACAACCUACUAGAGACGGUAGACAAAAACCCCGAAAACUCGUGUUUCUGCGAAGAUAACACGAAUUGCACUAUCAAAGGACUGCAAUACAUCGGGCCUUGUCAAUUUAAUGCUCCGGUUUACUUAUCUUUUCCUCAUUUCUACAACGCCGAUCCGCGACUUUUAGAUGAUGUGGAAGGUCUUUCACCGGACCAAGAAAAACAUGAAACCUUUUUUAAAAUUCAACCCAGAUUGGGAGUGCCUUUGGAAGCUCGCGUCAAAGUGCAGCUCAACUUGAAAGUCGAACAGUCAAGCAUUUAUCCGACGUCGAACUUCAGGAGCAUCACGUUCCCAAUCAUGUGGCUGGAAGAGGGCGUGGGUGACUUGCCGGACAACAUACACCGGUGGAUAUACUUGGCCACUACGUUCGUGGACACGGCCGUGCCGCUGUUCACGUACGGUCUGGUGCUUUGCGGCGCGCUGAUGCUAGUCGCGGUGUUCGUGAAGACGUACCACCAGAUCGUGUUCACACGCGAGAACAUCGAACGUGGCCGGCAGACGAUACUGCGCCGCGGCAGCAGCAUACUGGUGAAUGGCCAGCACAGGCUGCUCAUCGUCCGCGACUCGUACCACCGGAUAAGCCACGCGGUCCAGGAGACGGACGUGGACGCCCAACAGCUGCUGCCGUGAGGAGUCGCCGUCGACCGGAACACCGCGAUUCGUCGGUUCGACCCCUCCGAAUCCCACCCCCUUCAGUCGAUCGUCGUUCUCGUCCUCGUGUUCAUCUCCGUGUUUUCCUCCGGGCGGGCAUGCGCGUGACGAUUACGUGUGUUCGGGAAUCUGAGGGAAAAACAACAACAACAACAACAUAAACAAAUUAACAACGCCCUUCCCCUCUCUGAGACGAAGGCUUACGGCGAUACACUUGCGCCGGCGUCGUGAUAACGUACGGAUCUCGACGUACGGGAUUCGAAGACGCCGCGGAAAGGAAAAGGAAAAAAAUUAAAUUAAAAAAAAAAAAAAUUAAAUUCUCUCAAACUGGACUGUGAUACGGAUUUUAUAGACGAAGACGUUUUUUUUCUUCUUUUUUUUAUUUAAUAUAAGAUAUCAACGAAAAUAAUCAAACAUAAUUAUUUAUAAUGUAUCGUAAACGUAUAUGUUUAGAUGUAUACGAGUAUAUAAUACCGUACGUAUUGUAUACUUUUAACUUGUUUAAGAGCGCAGUAUUAUAAUAUAUAAACGAUUUCAAUCUCGAUUUAGUUUAGAACCGAUUAUGUUUUACACCCGGUGACGCUGUACCAAGAAACCUACGUCGUGAUGACGUACGGUAGUACGCAAAUUCUUCUACUAUUUCGUUUGGAAAAUUAAAACGAUCGAUUUAAAUUAAAUCGACCUAUAGACACGGUUAUUUUUUGUUUCGUGCGCGUCGCUAUAGAUUUUUAUAAAAUACGUAUAGUUAGAGUCACGUUCGGGAACCAAAAUUAAAGCCGAACAUUUUAUGUCAUUUGAUUAAACAGACUUGUCCGUUCGUAUCUUAAUAGUAUGAAUUUUGACUUCAAUCACGACCAUGGUUCGACGUCGAUCACCGUUAUAGUAUAAUUUAUGUACAUACUAUACAUUACGGUAUGAAUGAGUGGUCGUUUUUUUUUUUUUUU